CCUGGGCGUUUAUUUUUGGGGUUCAGGGGCAGGAAUCGAGUCCAGGUGUGCUGGGGAGGGGCCCAGGUGACGUCACAGAUGUGCAGGUGACAUCACAGGUGACAUCACAGGUGAGCAGGUGACGUCACACAUAUCCAGGUGACAUCACAGGUUACAUCACAGGUGAGCAGGUGACAUCACAGGUGUGCAGGUGACAUCACAGGUGUGCAGGUGACAUCACAGGUGACAUCACAGGUGACAUCACAGGUGUCUGGGUGACAUCACAGGUGACAUCACAGGUAUCCAGGUGACAUCACAGAUAUCCAGGUUACAUCACAGAUGUGCAGGUGACAUCACAGGUGACAUCACAGGUGUGCAGGUGACGUCACAGGUGAGCAGGUGAUGUCACAGGUGUGCAGAUGAUGUCACAGGUGUCCAGGUGACGUCACAGGUGUGUCACAGGAUCCCAGGUGUGCAGUGGGCGUGGCCCAGGUGUCCCCCCCAGCCCCGCCCUGAGCAAUAAACACACCUGGCCACACCUGGAGGAGUCACCUGUGCCUUUAUUGGGGGGGAUGGGGGGAUCCAGUCCAGGUGUGUCAGUCCAGGUGUGUCAGUCAGUCCAGGUGUGUCAGUCCAGGUGUGUCAGUCAGUCCAGGUGUGUCAGUCCAGGUGUGUCAGUCCAGGUGUGUCAGUCAGUCCAGGUGUGUCAGUCAUUCCCAGGUGUGUCAGUCCAGGUGUGUCAGUCCAGGUGUGUCAGUCAGUCCAGGUGUGUCAGUCAUUCCCAGGUGUGUCAGUCAUUCCCAGGUGUGUCAGUCCAGGUGUGUCAGUCAGUCCAGGUGUGUCAGUCCAGGUGUGUCAGUCCAGGUGUGUCAGUCAUUCCCAGGUGUGUCAGUCCAGGUGUGUCAGUCCAGGUGUGUCAGUCCAGGUGUGUCAGUCAGUCCAGGUGUGUCAGUCAUUCCCAGGUGUGUCAGUCAGUCCAGGUGUGUCAGUCCAGGUGUGUCAGUCCAGGUGUGUCAGUCAGUCCAGGUGUGUCAGUCAUUCCCAGGUGUGUCAGUCAUUCCCAGGUGUGUCAGUCCAGGUGUGUCAGUCCAGGUGUGUCAGUCAGUCCAGGUGUGUCAGUCCAGGUGUGUCAGUCAUUCCCAGGUGUGUCAGUCAGUCCAGGUGUGUCAGUCAGUCCAGGUGUGUCAGUCCAGGUGUGUCAGUCCAGGUGUGUCAGUCCAGGUGUGUCAGUCCAGGUGUGUCAGUCAGUCCAGGUGUGUCAGUCCAGGUGUGUCAGUCCAGGUGUGUCAGUCAGUCCAGGUGUGUCAGUCCAGGUGUGUCAGUCCAGGUGUGUCAGUCAGUCCAGGUGUGUCAGUCAUUCCCAGGUGUGUCAGUCCAGGUGUGUCAGUCAUUCCCAGGUGUGUCAGUCAGUCCAGGUGUGUCAGUUAGUCCAGGUGUGUCAGUCCAGGUGUGUCAGUCAGUCCAGGUGUGUCAGUCCAGGUGUGUCAGUCCAGGUGUGUCAGUCAUUCCCAGGUGUGUCAGUCCAGGUGUGUCAGUCCAGGUGUGUCAGUCCAGGUGUGUCAGUCAUUCCCAGGUGUGUCAGUCCAGGUGUGUCAGUCGGUCCCAGGUGUGUCAGUCCAGGUGUGUCAGUCAGUCCAGGUGUGUCAGUCCAGGUGUGUCAGUCCAGGUGUGUCAGUCAGUCCAGGUGUGUCAGUCAGUCCAGGUGUGUCAGUCGGUUCCAGGUGUGUCAGUCGGUCCCAGCCCUGAGCAAUAAACACACCUGGCCACACCUGGAGGAGUCACCUGUGCCUUUAUUGGGGGGGAUGGGGGGG